GGUAUGCUGACUGACAGGUGCGCGGACCAGAUGGAAGGCUGAUAAAUACUUGAAUGUGCCAGUCCUUCUCAUCAUCAUCAAUCCAACUCACUUCACUUCACUUCAAUUCAUCAACUGCAACAGUCAACUCAAGUCAUUAAUCACCUUUUCAAUACCACCUUUCUCCCAAACCCAAUAAUCAAACAACCUUAUCAUCAUGUCUGCCCAACAAGACUUCACUGCCACCCGCCUCAGUAAGGACUCCUCACUCAUAGGCACAACUUCUAGCAAUAACUAACAAUCACAUCAGACCGCUCUGGCACCGCUUCCUCUGUGUCUUCCACCGGUUCCUGGCUUGAACUUACUCACACUCCUCGCGAUACUCGCACUUCAUCCGUCUCUUCCGAGUCUGGUGGUUUCCUCGCUCUCACCAGCGUUCCAUCCCGCCCAAACCCAAACACUGCCCGCAACGUCACCGAUGAGGACCGCCGCCUCUUCCUCCUCAGAGCACGCAACGGCAACUAAGCGUCCACGUGAGCAUCAACAGUGCCGGUCUCCCUGGAUGGAGUAUACGGAUGAGAUCUCUGUACGUUAGAAGUGGAGGAGAGCCAAUUUGAGGGUUUCUUUUGAGCGAAUGUUACUGGGACAGAUGAAAUUGUUAAGGCGCCAGCAUGCUGUACUGGUAGCGGGACGUUGUUUUCUUUCUGAGGCACGAGCGGCCGAUUUCAUGAUCAAGUCUUGAUGAGAUCAGAUGGAUGUAUUGAAGACAUCUUCAUUCUUGAUGCGCAAGUACUUGUCUAGGAGGACUUAUUUUACAACGGAAUCUAAGAAACC